CAAGGAACCGUAGCUGUUUAAUAAUAAUGUAACCGUAGCGACCUUAAAGCGACUAUUCCGAGCAACCCCUGUUCCUCAAACAAAACCCAAUUAGCUUCAGCAUCCUGAGCUUAAAAUCCCCCCAAAAAAAAAAUUAAGUCUAUACAAUGGCAUCUGAAAAACGAUGCCUCUACGAGGUGCUCGGCCUGAGCAAGGACUGCUCGCUGGACGAAAUUAGAUCGGCCUACAAGAAGCUUGCCCUCCAGCGCCACCCCGACAAGCUCGUCCAAUCCGGCUUGACUCAUGAACAAGCCACGGCUCAGUUCCAAGAACUUGCUCACGCUUACGAGGUCCUCUCCGACCCCAAAGAACGCGCCUGGUACGAUUCUCACCGCUCUCAGAUUCUUUUCUCUGACCUUAAUUCGUCGUCAAACUCUGGCCCCAACUCUAUUGUCCCCAAUCUCUUCUGUUAUUUCUCAAAUACCGCCUUUUCCGGGUAUUCGGAUUCCGGUAAAGGUUUUUAUAAGGUUUAUUCGGAUUUGUUUGAUAAGAUUUUGAGGAAUGAGAUUAAUUUUGCUAAGAAAUUGGAUUUGGGAUUGGAUACGGUGCGAGAGGCGCCGAUAAUGGGGAAUUUGGAGAGUCCGUACAACCAGGUGACGGCAUUUUAUAAUUAUUGGUUAGGGUUUAGUACGGUGAUGGAUUUUUGUUGGGUGGACCAAUAUGAUGUUAUGGCUGGGCCUAACAGAAAAUCUAGGAGGGUGAUGGAGGAGGAGAAUAAGAAGUUAAGGAAGAAGGCGAAGAGAGAGUAUAAUGAGACGGUUAGAGGUUUGGCUGAGUUUGUGAAGAAGAGGCAUAAGAGAGUGAUUGAUAUGGUGGUGAAGAAGAAUGAGGAGAGAGAGAAAAAGAGGGAGGAGGAGAGAGAGAAGAAGAAGAAGUUGGAGAAGGAGAGAAUGGAGCGAGCUAGUAGAUAUGAGGAGCCGGAGUGGGCAAGAAUCAGUGACGAAGUUGAAAAUGAUGUUGGGUUUGAGGAGGAAGUGGAGGAAGAGAAUGAGAAGAAGAGAAAUGAGUUCUAUUGUGUGGUCUGUGGGAAGAAAUUUAAGAGUGAGAAGCAGUGGAAGAAUCAUGAGCAGUCAAAGAAGCAUAAGGAGAAAGUGGCAGAGUUGCGUGAGAGUUUUGUGGAUGAGGAUGAUGAGAUAGAUGGUUUUCAGGAUUUGGAUGGUGAGAUGGAGGAGCUUGGUGAUAGGUUUAAGGAGGGCUUAGGAGUUGAGGAAAGAGAGGUUGAAAAUGGGGUUGGUGGAUUGAGUGGUGAUGAAAUUGAGGAAAAUGAGUUUUUUGAUGUUGAGGAUAGUGAUGAGCUAAAUGGCAUUACUGAGGGAUUUCAUGAUGCGGAUGAUGAUGAGAAUGAGGAUGAAGAAUUGAGUAUGCUUAAAGCUAUGGUUUCUGGGCAUAAGACUAGGAAGAAGGUAGAUUUGAAGCAGGAUGAUGAGAUUUCAGAACCUCAAGUUCAUAUUCAGAAUGUGAUUGAUGAGGAUGAGGUUAUGGAAUAUGAUAACCAGAAGAGCACGAGAAGGAAAAACAAGAAAGAGAGAGGUAGAAAGAACACAGGAGAAGCCACAAAGGGUGAUAAAAAUGGAACUAAGGGUGAGAAUGAGGAAGCUAAUGCCCAUGAUAGUUCACAUAUGGGGGAGGAAUUCACUUCCCUGCCUUAUGUGGAAAAUGUGAGCAAUGGUACAGGGGAUGAUCAGUCAGGAACAAAUCUCGGCAUGUCAAACCAACCAGUUGAUGGAAAUGGGACCACAAAGGACAAAAAGGCCAAAUCGAAGAACUUGUCCAGAGGAAAGAAACCAAAGGCUGCAUCAAAGAAUUCUGGCAAUUCGUGUGAGAAAUGCGGAGAAGAAUUUGAAUCACGGAAUAAAUUGCAUAAGCAUUUAAAUGACACAGGUCAUGCCUCUUUGAAAUUCAGAUGAGAUUGCCUAAUAUCUCUUCUCUGGUGAGUAAACCAGGUCAUGGUUUUAUUACAAGUUUUGUUGCACAUGUACAUGCAUUGAACAUAUAAAAUUUUGAUCCACUCGGAAAUUUUAUGACACGGGUUGGCUGGUUGUAAAGAAGAGAUCAUUGAUAUGGUGGUGAUUUGGUGAAGAUGAACCCGAGAGAAAGUUGGAAGAGGAAGAAAAUGAAUGAAUUUUAUAUUUUUGCGUGUGAA